UGGGUUUUGCGUGUGUGUUGGGUGAGUGUGCGUGUGUAUCUGUGUGAACAAUUGAAUAUUACCCAAACGAGAAGUUGCAUUUACAACACUCUGAAAAAAACGCAGCCAACAAAAACAUUUGUGUGUAUAUAUUUAUAAAGCUUAUAUCUGCUCGAUAGAUCAUGAAACAUUAUCUACAGCUGUUGCUACAUCACACGCGCACACACUCAUCCACCCACUCUCAAACAUGAAGUCAUAACUCAAAAAUGCGAUUUUGAAAUGCACACAUGCUGAGAUAAAGCUAAAAUUUUGACAGUUUUACAGAAAAGCCAGAAGCUUAAGUCGAAAAUAUCUGUGCUGAUAUUUCAGCUAUGAGACACUGUUAGAAAAUGAGCAAAAUGCAAAAUGCUAAAGGUUGAGCCUAUGUAGAACAUUUGUAAGGGGUCUGCGCCGUGUGCAGGCCACGCCUAUGUGGGCGUAGAUGGAACCCGCCGGCGGGUUAGAAACGAAAAUAAAUGGCAAAAUUGGGAGGUCACGCAAAAAUCAACUUUAAGCCGACGUGCAGGCAGUGGAGGCAAGGAGACCGAGUGGAAUACAAUUAAAUUACAAGCAUAAUAUUAUCAAUGUAAAAUCGUAUGUAAAAAACAAGGCAGAAAUCCAUAAAAAAAUUGACAACAAACAAACAACAAAAAAUAAACAAAAAAAAAUACAGAAACUACGAAAUAAAUACAUUUACAUAGAUGUUGCAAAAACCAAGAGAUUCGAAGCUCCUCCCAUGGAUUCCCGUAACCCUCUCUGUAGAUUUGCGUAUCCUGUCAGUGAGCUAGCACUUCCGGAUCAGCGACCCCAUGUUUCUGGACGCCAUCUUCUUUAUACCGACACUGUUCACUUACCUGCUUAUCGGACUGCUCAUCGUCAUCCUGUGCUUCGUGGUGGUCUAUAUCAGCCACAAGAUCUAUGUCUCCGUCUACGACAACCUGCCUCUGGCCGCCUUGCCCGGCAACUCCCGACAACAGUUCCUGGGACUGCGUCACUCCAAUCAUGCGAUGACCAUACGGGAAUACCUGGACAGCUCGCUCCGCAGUCCACGGUCCAAUCAGCCGAGCUUACGCUCAGUUUGGAUUCAGAACCGGUCACAGAUCCUGGAGACCUCUUCGGUUCUGCGUAUAGUGCUCUCCCUGGAGCCCUGCUAUCUGGUCAGCGCCGAGUUCGAUGUGAGUUCCAGCCGGAAGGCCAUCAGUUUCUUGUGCAACUGCCGGGAUCAGCCCGUCUGUGCUGCCUCUGAACCGAGGCCUUCUGGGUCCUUGCACAUAGUGCGGUUCUAUGACCACCUCUCCAAGAUCCCGCGCCUCAAAGUCAUGCUCAAGUGCAACCAAAGGCGGCCGGAACCAAGGCCGGACAGUCGUAUCCAGUUGACCCUCAACGACGUGAUCCAGGAGGCCAGAGAUAACCAGGAUGCCAGGUGCACGGAUAACGCCGCCGCCUGCCGACCUGGUUCCUCAAGACGGAACUCCCGGAUACCGGAUUAAAGGGACUAAAGGGUGUGGCCAUUGGAUAGGGGGUAUAUUUUGUCUGUUCUGGGCUGCUUGGUUGCUGUAUAACUUGUUUUAUUAAAUUGUAUACAAAGAUCAAUGAGCUCGAGGCUCCAGGGUCGACGGCUGGUUCAGUGGGUCGGGCACUGCGCUCACGCUAGUUUAUGAUAAUCGCGUGACAACGAAGGUGAAAGCCAGCGGAACAGGGGCGUACACAUGUGUGUUCUAGUAGGGGUUUUAAUUAAACUUCCUUUUUUUAGGUGAAUAUAUUAACCAGCUACUCGCUCUAGGAAAUUUAAAUUCUCAGUCCUAUUUUUCCAUUAAUAAAUUCAAUAACUAUUUUGAUUUUCCAUUCGCUCUGCAUGAACUGAAUUCCGCAUUUAAUGACCUCUUCAAGAAAACAGAAACAUACUUAGAAUUCUUUCAACGCUGAACAAAUCAAAAGUUUACCGCUCGUUAGGUAAUUUUCCACAUACACAAGUUUGUCACGUUACAUUAAAAUGUUUGGUGUUUAAUAUAAAAAAAAGGUUGAGUCGAGAGUCUUCACUUCGAAACCAAAAAUAUAUUUACAAGACUAUAAUAUAAGGUGA